AGGGUAUCAAACAGUUUUAAGCUUGUUCAAUUUAUAAAGAUGUUAAAGUUUAUCUCAGAGUUGUAUCCUUGUUCUUUAAGUUCAGUUUAUAAGGAUGCCAAAGUUUAUUUAAGAGGUUUAAACUUGUUGAGGAGAAUCACCUACCAAUGUUCUAAGGCGAUAGUCAUGUAGGUGUCACUAGGAUUAUCACUGUAAAGUGCAGCAGACUUUUGGAAGUAAUUUGAUUUAGAGAUUAGGCAUUGCUUUUAUUUAAGUAAUCAGUUUGAGGUCAGGGGCUGACCGAAACUUGGAAGGCGCCUGUGUAGCGCAAUGCAUUUUAUGGAGGGCGCACUUUAAUUCUUUACUAGUAGCCGGCGGGGUGCGCGUGCACUCACCCAGGUUUAUGGGGGCACCAGCCAAUUGCGCCAGUGUAUAUAAGCGGCCAUGCGCUCAGCUUCGCCCUCUUUCUGCUGUGGCCGGAACCCGUGCGCGGUCUCAGGAAAAGUUGCACUGUUCUAAUCUCCCACAAUUAACCAAUCACCAAUCACCUAUAGUCGCAGCGGAGGGAGCCUCAUACUUUGUUUCUUGAUCUUACCAGGUGUAAUUGGAGUGACAGCUGCCUGUAAGAGAGAUCGAUGCACGAUCACUGCUUACAUGGUACUGGCCAUCGUGGGAUCCAUGGCAACUGUUGCUAUCAUCACGCUUGCUGCUAUGUCUGCAGGAUUCGACAGGAUGUUUUGCAGGUAUAGUUACAGCCCAGAUAGUGCGACAUGCUUGUCAAGUCAUGAGGCACGUGUUGCUGUUGGUGUCCUUCUCUGUCUGUUGGCAUUUACAGAUGCUGUAGUGGCAAUAGUUGGUGCUGGCAUGAGUUGUGGAGCCUUAUGUUGCAGCACAGGCCACUCUACACCUCAGCCCAAUGUAAUGGUGUGUUAUACUACCGGACCACAAAUGACUGUCCCUCAACAGAGUGCUAUGAGUAACCCUGCAUAUGGAGGCCCACCAAACUAUGAGGAAGCAAUCCAUGAUCCAGUGGUUGGGGCCCAAGGAGGAGCAGAGGCCAAGGAUGUGAUUGAUCAUGAUUAUGUUCAGCCAUAUCCAAUUAAGGUCAAACCAGCUGAUCUGGGAAGUCAAAUUUAAGAUUUUAAUUCAUACCAUUGUUAUCAUAGGUGGGUAGCAGUUCUGUAUGAGAAGUGGCCCAUUUUUCCUCCCACUAUGAAACACACAGCUGGUUUAGUCCAAUUCCUCUUUUUCCCUCAUUGAAGAGACUACUUGGCAACAGAAUCAUGGUGGGUAAACAUUUGUGUGUGUACUUGUUGAUUGUUGGGCUAGGUUAGUUUCUUAAACUGUUCCCAACUUCAAUUGGGAACAGCUUUUGUUUUUGUUAAUAUUCCCCCCCCCCCGUUUUCUUCUUUGUUUUUUUCCCAUUUACACAUUUUUAUUCAGCAAGAAAACGUCAUGGUGGGUAAUAGCUUAGUGGUUAAAUUAACUUUAUUUAAUUCAAUAUAUUUUGAAGAUAACCGCAAAAUUCUGUCAUCGUGUCAUCAUCAGGGAUCAAGUGACAUAUGAGACAGUCUCAUAGUCUCCUAACUAUAAAACUGUAAGACGGAUGGCAUCAAACUGUGUAGGUAUAGACCGGGACGUGUUACAGUUCAAAAACUGGUAUAUGUGGAGGUGUUACCGGAAGUGUAAAUUUGAGCCCAUUAUCAAAUUUCAUGAAUUAUCACUCGAUAGGGUUAAUAUACUAGCUUAAAGCAACAUACAAAGAUGAAAAAAUUGUAUUAUCGUGCAGUUUUUAUUGUUCUUAUGUUAUGAUGUGAUGAAUAUUUAAUAAGGCAAUUUUGUGGCCACCAUAUCGGAACCAUUUGAUGUUAUAACACCUCACCCACAGAUUCUGUGUCUUGAUUGGCCGAGAGCGAGUCACAUGUUACUUUCUAAUUU